AAAAAAAGAAAAAGAAAAGAUGGUUGUUACAGACUCAGAUGAGAUUCACUCAGAAUCUCAAAAAAAAUAUGAUAGAAUAAGUGAAUUGAAGGCGUUUGAUGAAUCAAAAAUUGGUGUAAAAGGUCUUGUGGAUGCUGGAGUUCAAAAAAUCCCACGUAUAUUCAUCCAUGACAAGAUCCAGCUCGAAGAUAAAGCUUCUAGUGGAGACUCCAAGUUCUCUAUUCCCGUGAUAAACUUCGAGGGCGUGAAUGAAAAUAAAAGCUUACGCAAUGAAAUAGCAAAAAAAGUAGGAGAAGCUUGUGAGAAUUGGGGUUUCUUUCAGAUUGUGAACCAUGGAAUUUCGUCCAACACUUUGGAUAGAAUGAUUGAAGGAGUGCGUGGAUUUCAUGAUCAAGACCCUGAGGUAAAGGAAAAAUUCUACUCACGUGACUAUGAAACAGGAAAAAUGAUUUAUAACACCAAUCAUGAAUUAUUUCAAUCACCCUUUGCUAAUUGGAGGGACUCCAUGUAUUGUAGCAUGGCUCCUACUCCACCUGAUCCUCAAGACAUCGCAGAAGUCUGCAGAGAUAUUGUGAUUGAGUACUCGGACAAAAUAAUGAAAUUAGGGCUUAGUAUACUCGAGUUGCUAUCGGAGGCUCUUGGACUGAACCCAAAUUACUUGAGAGAUCAAAUGGGCUGUGCAGAAGGACUUUUUGUUGUGGGUCAUUAUUACCCAGCUUGCCCCGAACCCGAAUUGACACUGGGUAUUAAAGAACAUAGUGAUAGUUCGUUCUUCACUGUGCUUCUGCAAGACCAAUCGGGUGGGCUUCAAAUCCGCCAUCAAAACCAUUGGGUCAAUGCUACCCCUAUUCCAGGUGCUCUCAUAGUUAACAUUGGAGACGCGUUGCAGCUAAUCACCAACAAUAAGUUCAAAAGCGUGGUACAUAGGGUAUUAUCAAAGAAUGUAGGUCCAAGAAUGUCUUGUGCGGUUAUUUUCAGAUCAGAUUUGAAAAAUGAAAAAGUAUAUGGACCAAUCAAAGAGUUGCUCUCGGAAGAAAAUCCAGCGGUAUACAAGGAAACUACUCUUAAAAAUUAUCUGACUCAGAACUACUUGAAGGGUCUUGAUGGCAGCUCCGGACUAGACUUUUUCAAAUUGUGAAGUUUGGUACUAGAAUAUAAUAAAAAAGUCCCCCUAUUAAUGGGCAUAAAUAAAGAUGGUGUUUGGAUUGAAAUCAGGACCUUCAUGUGUGUGCUCUAGAAGGUACUGAAAAAUAAAGGGCAAAAAAACUGUAUGGCUUUGUAUUAAUAAUCUGAAUAUGUAUGGAGUGUGUCUUAUAUAUGUAUAUA